AUGAUUGAUGUUCCAUCUCGUCGGACUAGUCGAGAAACAAGACUACACGGCGGAGGCUACAAGUGCCGAAACCCCGCGACAAGCUGGUAGUAUUUGAGAUACUCAUCUCGCACAAGGCGAAGCGAGUCCUCCUUCAGUGGUCGAUUGUGUCAUCCGUACAAGUUUUCGUCGGCUCGUCAACUCCAUCUAAAGUUGCCUUUCCGUCGGCGUACGCAACGAAACCCAUUAUCCAAUGGCAUUCAAUAUGAAGUUUCUCGCUUUGUUUCUCACGUUCUUUCAAGGCGAAGAAUGUUGGGCUUUCCAUCCGAUUGCUUCCUUUCGUUCAGGUCGUAGCGGUAGAAAAGGGGUAGACGGCUCAGCCUCGACAUCGUCACGUUGGGCGUCCGACGGUUCCGGGACAGCCUUUUCGAUUGAAUCGGACCACAGCGGACCCGCCGGUUUCCCCGUACACCGCGUCAUAUUUCACUCGCUGCCCGGUCAAGAGCAGGAUGUUCCUCCUAUUUGCAUUGAAACGGGAAAGAUCGGACGACAGGCGGCGGGUGCUGUCACAUUGACUCGCGGUGAUUCCGUUCUCUACGCGACAACGUCGCACGACAAGGACCCCAAGGAAGAAAUCGACUUUUGUCCCCUCAGUGUGGACUACCAGGAACGAUUCAGUUCCGCCGGGCUCACAUCCGGUGGGUACAACAAACGGGACGGACGUCCCGCUGAACACGAAAUUCUUACCUGUCGUCUCAUUGACCGACCGCUCCGGCCAUUGAUUCAGUCGGGAUGGCGGCACGAAACGCAGCUUCUCUCCUGGGUCUUGUCCUACGAUGGGGAACGGUCCUGCGAUCCUCUUGCGAUCAUUGCUUCGGCCUCGUCGCUCUUCAUUUCCGAUGUACCCCUGCACAAACCCGUGGCGGCGGUGCAAGUGGGCAUGAAGGAUGAUGGCACGUUGGUGGUGAAUCCUACAAAUCUACAGAUGGAGACGAGCAAGCUCAACCUGAUGGUGGCCGGUACCGAAGAAGCAGUUUUGAUGAUUGAAGGAGCCGCCGACUUUUUACCAGAAUCCACGAUGAUUCAGGCCGUGAAAACGGGCCAUGAGGCGAUUCAGGUCCUAUGUCAAGGGCUGACCGCGCUAGGAAAAGUCGCCGGAAAGGAAAAGAAGCUGGAUACUAUUAAAGCUACUCCAGAGAACUUGCAAAUUCGAGUAGAUGAACUUUUCAGCGAUCGUAUCGAUGAUAUGUGGUCGUCUGGUCUGGGCAAAGAAGCCCAAGGGAAAAUCAUGACUGAUUUAUACACGGCCGUAGUCGGCGAGCUUAUCGAAGACUAUCCUGGCGAAACGGUUGCCAUCAAAGGCGCGUUUAAAGAUCUGUUGUGUCGACGCAUGUUUUUCCGUGCCCGAGAAGAAGGGCUUCGUUGUGACGGUCGUGGACCGACCGACAUUCGUCAGCUUACAAUGGAGACUGGGUUGCUGCCGCGUGUGCACGGGUCUGCCCUCUUCACACGAGGUGAAACACAGUGUGUCGCCACGACAACACUGGGUGGUUCCGGCAUGCGACAAAAGAUUGAAAAACUGGACGGAACCGAUGAGAAGCGCUUUUAUCUGCAGUAUACGUUUCCGCCUAGUUGCGUUGGUGAGACGGGCCGAGUGGGAGCUCCGGGACGUCGAGAAGUCGGACACGGUAACCUGGCGGAAAGGGCCCUGAUUCCAACCAUACCAGCACUAGCUGAUUUCCCUUAUACAAUUCGGGUAGAGUCUCUCAUCACUGAGUCGCACGGUUCCAGUUCCAUGGCCAGCGUCUGUGGCGGAUCACUGGCUUUAAUGGAUGCCGGUGUACCCAUCAAAGCACCCGUGGCCGGUAUUGCAAUGGGAAUGCUGCUAGGCGAUAAAGGCGGCGUAUCCGACGAGAACGCUGUAAUACUUUCGGAUAUUCUUGGAACCGAGGAUGCACUUGGUACUAUGGAUUUUAAGGUUGCAGGUGAUCGAGUUGGAAUAUCCACUUUUCAACUGGAUAUCAAGUGUGAAGGUUUGACUUUGGAAACCAUGGAAAGCGCACUGGAACAAGCACGCACGGGCCGCUUACAUUUGUUGUCGGAAAUGGAAAAGGUAAUUGCCUCACCGCGAGAGGAGCUCCCCGCAACUGUCCCAAAAAUGAUGUCGUUUUCAAUUCCUGUUGAGGCCAUUGGUAAGAUUAUUGGACCAGGUGGUAAACAGAUUCGUGCUAUCAUCGAAGAUUUUGAGCUUGUAAACAUGGACGUCGGUGAAGAGGGAGGGGUACAGUUAUCCUCGUUUGAUACAGCUAAAAUGGGAGAAGCCCAGACCUUUAUUACUACUUUGGUUAGACCGGAACCCGUUGAAGGUGAAACCUACACCGGAAAAAUUACUGGUAUUCAUCCGUUUGGAGUUUUUCUUGAGAUUUUGCCCGGUGCCGAGGACGGUUCUUACCCGGGUCUUGAAGGAUUGGUUCAUGUCUCGGAGCUGGCCCACGAGCGUGUUCGAAACUGCGAAGGUUUCAUGAAGAGCAUGAAUGUUGAAGAACUGACGGUCAAGUAUCUCGGUAAAGACAAGGGUAAACUGCAGCUUAGUCGAAAGGCUCUACUCGAAGAACAAGGUGGAGACGGAGGCCGAAGAAAUGGUUCUCGAGGACCGAGUCGAGAAGCAGCCGCGCCAACUCCCGAAAUGACAAAAGAUGAGAUCGACGUGAUUGCGCAAGCUAUUGAGGGUGUAACAGAGCUAUAGAUUUCUUAGGCUUCGACUCAAGCUAUUCCUCUUCGAAGUGACCGUCCAGUACAUCCAGUCCCAUUUCGUUCAAGAUGUUUCGAACUGGACUCGGCUUUCCGUGUCCAGCUUCUAGCGAUUUCAACAAGUUUGUCAGAAUCUCAGCGUUGUGACGGACACUCUCAUCUUGUUGGACAUCUUUACUUCCAUUUUCGGAGAUCGGUCGGAUUCGCAACUCGUUGUCCAUAGCGCUCAUGACAUCGGUCAUGGCUUUAUCAACGCCAUCGCCACCUUCCUCAUCAUCUAACUGGUAGUCGUCUUUCGAGAAAAACAGAUCCUUCUCGAUUCUCGUAAAAUCGAGGUCGUCUGCACAUUCUGCUUGCAAAGUUGAGUGCAAAAUGUUCAAGAACACAGUAGGAUCAAUGCGCAGUGGACGAGUCAAUCCAAUUUGAUGCGAAACACCUUCAAUCGUGCUUUUGCCGUGCAUGAAAGACUGGACUCCGCUCAGCAUAUCGCUUAAAGC